UUUGAUUUACAUAGUAUUAUGAUCAAUCUUGAGAUAUUAAAUAUUGACGGAACUUCUUUUUUGAAAUUAAUUAUGAUUAUUACUUGAAUAUUUUUGAUAGAUGUUGAUUUAAAAGAAUGAGAUAUUCAAGUGUUCUUUUAUCCUACUUGAAAAGACAUAUUGAAGUAUCAAUCUAUUUUUUUUUGUUGAGAUAAAUGUAAAAAAUUAAUAAACCUUCAUAUUUCAGAUUUAUUUUUAGUUAAUAUAAUGAAAUCAUUUUUUAUAUUGUAUAUCUAUAUUCAGCUAUUUAGUUUUGAUAAUAGGAGAUUAAGGAUAUUGAAGUAAUGGAAUUAAUCUUCAUAGAAUUGCAUGCUGAAAAAUCAUAACAGAUUGGCUUAGUAUGAAUCAAUUAAAGUAAUUAGCUUUGAGAAUCACCAAGGUUAUCUGUUUUUUUGCGAAAAUGAAUAUAGGAUGCAGCAUAGUUUAAAAUUUUGAAGAAAUAGAAUUCGAAUUUAUUUUAUUUUUUUGUUUUAGAAUUGAAUUAAUUGUUGAUAAUCGUGUCAAUCGAUCUACUCUAUCAGGAAAUGGUAUUCGAAAUGCUGUUUCACUUCAACCAGUUCUUUAUGUAGGUGGAAUACCAAAUAAUAAUCAUAUAAAUUUAACAGGAUCAGGUCUGAAUGCAUAUGGAUUUCAAGGAUGUCUAUCAAGUUUUAUUGUUGAUGGUCGUUUACUUGAUUAUCAACGAGCAUUAGUACUCAAUGGACAAGUGAAAAUGAAUAUUUGUUCAGAUUUAAAUAAACUUUGCUAUGAUUUUACAUGUGUUCAUUCGGGUAUAUGUUCAACAAAUGAAAAUGAUGGACCUCGAUGUGAUUGUAUUGAAACAAGUUACAUAGGUGAACGAUGUGAUAAAUUACCAAAUGGAUUUUAUUUUGGUAAACAUGAAUCCAUUGGUUCAAUUGAAUAUGUAAUGCCACAAACACGUCAAACAGAAUAUGAUACAAUAUCAUUUGGUUUACAAACAGUAUCAAAGUCAGCACAAAUAUUUCGUCUUGAAUCCGAUUUAAAUUCAUAUAGUUUAGAAUAUGAAAUUCUACGAGAACGAUCAUAUAUCAAAUUAAAUAUGGGUGAAAAACAACCUGAUGUUUAUUCAUGUGUUAUGCAUAUAACGGAUGGAAUGUAUCAUGCUAUUAAAAUAAUUCGACGACUUUCCAUGGUUGAAUUAUAUGUUGAUGGAGUUCGAAUGAAAUUAGAAGGCGGAAAUAAAUAUUCACGUCAUACAGAACAACAACGAUCGUUUCUUGCACAAAGACGUUUACGUAUUGGAAGCUUUAAAAAUGUUUCACAAUGGAAUGGAGUUCUUGCAGGUUUAUCAUUCAAUCGUCAAUCCAUAUUUGAUAGUCUUUUCAAUACUCUAAUUCGUUCCGGUGAUGUCGAAGAAGUUCAACCCGACAUAAAUACUGGUCAAUUCAUUUUAAUUGAUCCAACAGCCAUUGCAAUUCCUAUCCUAUCUUCAACAAUUACAUCUAUUAUUCCAAUAAAUAAUAAUAACUAUACAUU